AUGGAUGACGAUGGUUUGGUGCUAUAUGCUGUCUUUGAGGAAGACGAGGCUGAACUGCGUGCAGCCCAUGCUGCUGAAGGCGAGGUGCUGCGCACUGCGGACUCCCGAGGGUGGACUCCCAUCCUGCAUGCUGCUUUUGCUGGCAAAGCAAAGUCCCUUCGAAUCUUGACCGCGCUGCUGGGCCCUUCGUGUCUCGAAGCACGCACCCCAGAUGGAAGCUCAGCAGCUCAUUUGGCUGCUACAGAAGGUCACGUGGAGUGCUUGCAGGCCCUGGCGGCCUUGGGUGCUGAUCUCAAAGCUGCAGACUCCAGCGGCUGGACGGCAUUACAUGCCGCAGCCGCUGCUGGAAAGGUUGAGUCUUGCCAGAUACUGAAAGAUCUUGGACUGGAGAUGGGCCACAAGACCCCUGAGGGCUGGACCCCUGUACACUGCGCAGCGUUCAGUGGAGCUGUUGCAAGCCUGGGGGCGCUACAGGAUCUGGGGGCCAGCCUGGAGGAGCCAGAUGUCGAUGGAGAGGCACCUGCGCACAAAGCGGCUGCUGCUGGCCAAGACGCUUGUUUACGAGAGCUUCACAAACUGGGUGCGCGCCUUGACAGUGCCGACCAAAGCGGCCGAACACCAGCACACUUUGCAGCUGCCGAAGGGGAAGCUGCCUGCUUGAAAGUACUCCACGAGCUUGGGGUCUGCUUGGGGGCCGAAGAUAGCAUGGGCGAGACUCCCAUGGACAAGGCAGACAUUGAAGAGCAAUCGGAGUGCAUUCAGCUUCUGCAAAGGUGCUUAGACGGAAACGCCAUGAUGCCCACUGCGGCAAUUGAGGCAAUCCUAGGAGGCACCCAAGCCAAAGCAAUCUCGAAGAUCUUCAAGUUGGCAGAAGCUUGUGCCCAGAAGGGGAACGAGUCGCUGUUCGUCGAGGAGGGCGGCCUGCUGGGCGUGGAGCGCGAGCUCGAGUUCGAGCCCCCGGAGGACGCCAGCGAGCCUUCCUUGGACCUGGAGUUGGAUGACGUCACUGCCUUGGCAUUAGCCCCUUUGGGUGGCGACUUCUUGCAAGGCUUCCCUGUGACGCUGGGCUGGAGGAAGAGGCGGGCGGACGAAUUGCGACGACAUGGGAAGGAAAGCGGCAGCUUCUGCGAGAAGGACGGCCAGGCCGGGCCUCCUGCUCCCGCGGAGCCUGCGCUGGCGCCAGUGCCUGCAGAGCAGCCGGAGUCUGGCCCUGAGAUUUCUAUCGCCGACGGUGAGCCUCCCAAGGACGGCCGUCGCUGA